GUAUUGCCGUCCUGAUUUCGACUCCAUGUAGUCUUUGAGCAUAUAAAUGACGUUUUCGUAACCUUGACCAGGUCUGGAGAAGGCGGUUGUGUGUUUGUUGAGACUGUCUACGAGCCGUUGAAUAUGCGGACUUCCAAAAAGUGGUGGAGGAGUCGUGGAAGGUGGCAAUCUUGGAGAUGGCAGUGGAAUGACCACUACCUCUAUCUCUCCCCCUAAAGGAGGAAAAGGUGGAGGCGGCGGUGGUGGUGGUGGUGGCGGUGGUGGCAGAAAAGGUGGAGGUGGCAUCCCCCACGGCGGUGGUGGUGGUGGCAUAUCGGGCGGCCCCGCCCAUGGAGGAGGUCCAUGUCCGAACCGUUCCCAUGGUGGCAUUGGAGGCCCUAUAAACGACAUUGCCAUUGUUCGAGUGUUUAAUGCUUUUGGAGCUUGCUCUCAAAUCAGUAAAAUAGUGUUUUCGGCACUACAGCCGUGUCAUUUGAAAAAUGUUCAUGGACAUUCAAAUAAAGAUUAG